GCAAUGCUGACAAUUGACAACUGGAGAUCCAGCUAAUUAUUUGGGAUGUCCAGACAAUAGGAUUACAUAUUGUCAGAUUGAAUAGCCUAUGUCUGUGUAAGGUAAAGGUUUGCAUAAUUUAGUCACACUUAAUUAUCUUAAAUGCAGGAUUUUAUAAAUUGAUUUUAUUUUAUUUUAAAUUUGCUAUAUAGAAAUGUUGUGUACGGUUUGUUAGAAUGCCGUCUAGCAUGUGACCGCGCAGAAAGAUUCAGGCAGUAAAGAGUUAAAGCACAAGAGAAAAUCCCGCCCUGUACGGGGGUUGAAAUGCGAUUACACCAUCGCUGUAAACACGCAUUCAGUCUUUUGCCCGAAUGUCUUGCAUGUGCGAAACUGUCUGCCUUUCAGGAAUUAAGAUAUUCUGGAUAGCACUUUGGGAGUUUAACAAGAUCACAGUGGCUCAUCUCCGCUACGGAAGGGACAUAUGUUGUGGUAGCUCUGAGUGUGAAGGUAACGGUACUGGAAAUAUGACCCUGCGAUAACUGCGGACAGAGGCUACGGACAGCGGGCCGGUCUUGUUUAGAGGUUUAUUACAGGACUUUGUGGUGUGGGCUAAUGGCGCAGAUAAAUGAAGCCUCUUGAAAUAAAGUUACGCGUUCGAUUGACUGGCCCGUGCAACACUUCUGCUCUGCGCGUGUUUUUGUGGAUGCCUAUCAUGGACUUUCGCUUGACAUUUGCCCUUGUAGGCAAAUUGAGGUAACCACAUAGUUGCCUCCGACAGAACCUGUUGCCUUUCUCCGUUUCUGAAUGCCUUGUUUUACAUCCUUUAGGUGGAUUAAUUGAUGGACACGAGCCAAUGUCACUGCGCAACAAUGUUUCUAUCUGGAGCUCUGGUAACAUUGGUGCUACUCGAGACUGUUACAUUUCGCGGUACUCAAUCAAAUACGUUACUUAGUAGCCGUUUAGGAUUACUGGACGAUAACGAUUUGCAGGAAUAUCUGCUGGUGGAAAGUCAUUUGCACUCAAAUAAAACAGAGAUGGAGAAGCCACAAGAGAAGCUGUCUCCUUUGAACGCAACAACAGUAUCGUCCCACUCCUCACUUACAAGUCCAUUGCACCACCAUGGUAGUAGACACGGCAAGCCACUGGAGAGGACCAGGCCCUUUGUGGUAGUGGAUGGACACAAGAGAAGUCUGAGUGAGGCCUUGCAGAACGGUCACCCAGACAAGCUACAGUGUGUUCUUCAAUUUGGAGGCAGCAUCUAUCUUUUGGACCUGGAGAAAAACCAUGAUCUCCUGCCCAAGCCCCCCAAUGUCUUCUACUACCUCCCUAAUGGCACUGGGGUUUCUUUAGAGGAGAGCACAGUGACUCACUGCUACUACCACGGCUCAGUGAGGGGCUUCCCACAGUCCAGGGUGGCUCUCAGUACCUGCUCUGGACUCAGGGGCGUGGUGGCCAUCAACUCCACCCUGAGCUUUGAGCUGCAGCCUGAGGAAGAACAUGAGGAAGGGGCAGAGGAGAGUGGAGGGGAGGAGGAGGAGGAGGAGGAGGAGGGGAUGCACCUGCUCUACUCCACUAGACCUCUGGAGAGGGGUAGUGUUGGGGGCUGUGGGGUGUCCCAUACACCUGUACCUCCCAUCCACAUCCCACCACAAGUCCCACACAGGAGUAAGAGGGACAUUCUCUCAGAGACCAAGUACAUAGAGCUUGUGCUUGUAGCUGAUCACAAAGAGUACCGUAACUAUCAGAAAAUCAACAAGACUAUCAUCUAUCGAAUGCUGGAUGUGGCCAACCAAGUAGACUGGUUCUACCGGCCGCUGAGUGUGCGUGUGGCUCUAACUGGGGUGGAGAUCUGGAGUGACCAGGAUAAGAUCCAGGUUGACAAGAGUCCCUCAGACACUCUCAACCGCUUCCUGGAGUGGCGCACCAGAGAGCUGCUGCCACGCCUGCGCCACGACAAUGCUCAGCUCAUUAUGGGGGGCUCAUUUGAUGGAACUACAGUGGGAAUGGCAUCUCAGUCUUCCAUGUGCUCCAAGGACCGGUCAGGAGGGGUCAAUGUGGAUCACCUGGUCAGUGUACUGGGGGUGGCGUCCACUAUUGCCCACGAGCUCGGGCACAAUCUGGGCAUGAAUCACGACACGGCCGACCGGCGCUGCCAGUGUCAGAAUGAACCACGCCUGGGAGGCUGCAUCAUGGAGCCAUCUACUGGUUUCAUGCCAGGCCAGCUGUUCAGCAGCUGCAGUGCCAGAGACCUGUCCCUCAGCCUGCUCCAUGGUGGGGGGAUGUGCCUCUUCAACGUGCCCCAGCCUGAGAAACUGCUGGGGGGGCCACGCUGUGGAAACCUCUACGUGGAGAAGGGAGAGGAGUGUGACUGCGGCCUGCUGGAUGAGUGUAACGAUCCCUGCUGCAACGCCACAACCUGUAAACUGGUUCCUGGGGCCCAGUGUUCCUCCGAUGGCAUCUGUUGUGACAACUGCAGGCUGCGUUCAGGUGGAUGGAUGUGUCGGCAGCCCCUGGGGGAGUGUGACCUCCCAGAGCACUGCACUGGUACCUCUCCCUACUGCCCCCCCAACGUGUUCCUGCAGAACGGCGAGCCCUGCGAGGAAGGCUCCUCCUACUGCUACAGCGGUGUCUGCGCCAGCCUCAACACACAGUGUCAGAUGUUGUGGGGACCUAAUUCCACCAGGGCUCCGCCUGUCUGCUUUUCCUCCGUCAACAAACAGGGCAACAAAUAUGGUAACUGUGGCCAGAUGGCCAACGGAACCUACAUUCCCUGCCCUAGCAAAGAUGUGCAUUGUGGGAGGCUCCAGUGCCAGGGAGGCAACGACCGUCCGUUGCUAGGCACCAGCGCUGAGAUCCUGACCACCAAAGUAAAAUUUAACUACAGCGACUUUGUCUGCCGGGGAACCUACUUCCACCUUGGCGACGACGUCUCCGACCCUGCCAUGGUGGCACAGGGCACCGCGUGUGGUCUUGGCAAGGCCUGUUGGAACCAGCGGUGUCAGGAUGUGUCUUUGUUCGGCGUCGAUGAGUGUCAGAGCAAAUGCAACGGACACGGGGUGUGCAACAGCAAUAAGAACUGCCACUGUGAUGUGGGCUGGGCUCCUCCAGACUGUAGGUACACGGGCCAUGGAGGCAGUGUGGACAGUGGCCCUGCAAGAGCACCUAGAGGAUCUGACCCGGCACGUGUGGCCUUGCUGGUCAUCUUCCUCUUCGUCCUGCCAGUGGUUCUCCUCUUCCUCGCCCUGCGUUUCCCCCGCUGUCACCGCAACCUACCCUGUCUGGGCACUACCAGCCUCUUCCACAAGGGCACCGGACGCCAACAGAGCCGGACCCCGGCCACCGAGCGAGUGGAUGCUCGUAACGGGGAACAGGUCCAACCACUGAGGUACCACUUAAGCCGCCAGAAUGACAUCCAAAUGACCCCGUCUCCGCCUUCUAACAAGGUUCAGGACAGACCUGCUCCGCCUACUAAGCCACUUCCUCCUGACCCUGUCUUAAAACAAACCCAGAUAAGAAAGAAACGGCCAGCCCCCACCAAGCCCCUGCCCCCCGACCCCAGCCCCCCUAACAACCAGCCAUCGUUGAGUCGGCCAGCUCCUCCCACCAAGCCUCUACCCCCUGACCCUGUGCUAACAGGCAGCCAGGCCCUUGUACCACCCAAAAAACCACCAGCCCCCAGGAAGUCCUUGCCUUCGGACCCCCCGUCAUAUCCCACCCAUCCUGGGUACGCUGCAUCUGGUGCCCUCGUGCAACAUGGAGCGAGUAUAACUUCAGUUCCACCCAUUGGCCCUCCUGUUGCAGCCAUCCCUUCCAGACGUGCCCCUUUACCUCCAGUACGGACGUCACAACCCAGAAAACCUAACUCGACACCUCCGAUUUAACCACCAAAGACCCUCAAAACCACUAGGAUUCUCUUAAACCAGACAGCACGAAUUGCACUGAUUCAGCCAGGAGUUUUAUUAUGGAGACCCUUAUAGGACGGCUCAGAACCCAGAAGUCUCCAAACGAAGGCUGCGUUUCACUCUCCCUGCCCUCCUAAACUAUUUCCUGUUGCCUUCCUACUGAGAGACUGACAGGUUCCUUGGUUGGUUACCACGUUGGGACAGACUGGGACUCCGAGCAAAGCAGAGAAGGUCUGGAAUGUUCAGUCAGGUUGAUCCGUUGGCCAUUGAGAAACUGAAUGGAUGUAGUUAAGUAUCCGUCAAAGAUGUAACACUUCAUGAAAACUGUGUGGCUUUUGACAUUAACUGACAAUUACAAAAACGGAUGUCAACACAGAGGAUAAGCUCAAUCAAGAUUAAAGGCCCAGUACUGGUUUUAUGGCACUAGCACAUUUGAAUAUGCUCUGUGAUGCUUCAGAAUAGCUUAUUACUCUUCAAAUUAUAGGUUGAAGCCCAAGUCAUCCUCCCAUUCCGACUGUGGCCACCAUUUUGCAGUAUUUUAUUUUAAGUGACUUGGCUAAUGCAGGCCUCAGGAAACAAGUCCAGACCACCUCUGGCUCUCUUUCUGGAAUAAAGAAGCAUAUCAACACUUUCAUUCACCGCAAUGAUUCCUUUGAUCUCCAUCACAAUGGUGUCAUUGAGGGGGAGGACCUUGCAUGCAACCCUCUGACUAAUGAGAUGAAAUGAGAAUAAUGUCACAGAAACUUUAGCCGUUCUCGGUUGCAGAGCUGUACAACUAACUGCACAACUGUAGAUACCUGAGAAUUGUAACUCGCCUACUGGUUUUAAUUCUACAAUAACAACUAUUUAAAAGCCAAAGAGAUGGAUCUCUGGAGAAGUGAGGGGGGAAGUAGAUUGAACUUUGUGAAAUGCGAGGUCACUUCUCGAAGACUGACCUACGUUGUGACAGAUCGGUUGCCUUUUUUGCACCUUUCAGUUGUGCCGCACCAGUUUUGGCCGAAAUGAGUUAAGUGCACUCCUAGAAUGUCUUUACAUAUUCAGGUGAAUUAAAACCAAGCCAUGGGAUUCACUUCUAGCAGAUAUGAUAAUUGAAAUUGGUAACUGAUACUCUUCAUCUUGAUCCAAUCUGACAAUACUUGGAUAAAUGAGUACUGGUAUGCAAUAUACAUUACAAGCAUUUCAGAUCAUUUGACUGUUAAUUAUUUUGAUUAAUUACUAAAGAUGUCAAGGUUGAUUUAUGAAAACCUCUAAAUGGCGCAGGCAUGUGGUUAUGCCUUCCAUCAGUCCAUUUGAUUUAGAAUUUGUUAAUGUCCUUUUUUGACCUUCUACUGACAAUGAUCUGUUCCAAUGUUCUGAACACACUCUCCCUUUGGUUCUAUUCAUAUGUCUUACAUUUCUAAUACAUCUGAUUAUCAGUAUGAGAACACUCAGAUGUAACACGAAUUGUUACGAAUUUUGCUCAAUGCAAUUAUGAGAUUGUCUUUUCAGGAGACUGUUCUACUUUGACCUCUGUCUGCAGUUUCCCUACUGUCUCAAUUGAGACAUUCACUGCUGCAGAGGGAAAUAAAACAGACUGGAAAAAUGA